GGCUCGGAGCCUUUCUUCGUCUGUGCCACCAGCGGCACCACCGUCCUGGGGGCUUUGACUCCCUCCCACUCCAUCGCCGCCAUCUGCGCCCGCCACGGGCUGUGGCUGCACGUGGAUGUGAGCGGCGUGGGGGGCAGCGCCCUCCUGUCCCCGAAACUACGGCACCUCCGAGGGAUCCACAGGGCCGGUUCGGUGACGUGGAACCCCCACAAGCUGCUGAUGGUGGGGCUGCAGUGCUCGGCCUUCCUGCUGAGGGACGGAUCCGGGCUCCUGCAGCGCUGCCACGGGGAGGGGGCCCCGUACCUGUUCCAGAGGGACAAAUUCUACGGGGCCGAGCUGGACCCGGGUGACAAAAGCCCCCAGUGCGGGCGCCGCCCCGACGGCCUCAAGCUCUGGCUGCUCUGGAAGGCGCUGGGGGCGCGGGGGCUGCGGGAGCGCGUCGAGAGGGCCUUCGCUGCCUCCCGGUUCCUGUUGCAGCAGGUGAAGUGCAGGGAGGGGUUCCGGCUCGUCAUGGAGCCGGAAUUCAUCAACAUCUGCUUCUGGUUCAUCCCCCCGAGCCUGAGGGGCCAGGAGGAAUCCCCGGAAUUCUGGGAAAAGCUGGGAAAGGUGGCCCCGGCCAUCAAGGAGCGCAUGAUGCGAAGGGGGUCCCUGCUGGUGGGGUACCAACCCCAGGGGUCCCGCGUCAACUUCUUCAGGGGGGUCGUCACCAGCCCGGCCGUCACCCGGAGGGACCUGCAAUUCCUGCUGGAUGAGAUCCAGGAGCUGGGCCAGGACCUGUGAUCCCCCCCCAAAACAGGAGCACAACAUCACUCGAAAAAUCGCCCCCAAAAUGCCAAAUAAUCCCCCCCAAAAUCUCAAAUAAUCCCCUCCCAAAUCACCCCAAAUCGCCAAAAAAUCCUCCCCGAAAUCACUAAUAAUCCUCUCCCCAAAAUCGCCGCAAAUUGCAAAAAAACUACCCAAAAAAAAAUCAAAAAAAUUGCCCCCAGAACCCUCCCAAAAAUCCACAAAAACCUCCCCAAUAAUCCCUAAAAAUAAUCCAUAAAAAUCUCCCACAAAGCAUCCAGAAAAAUCCUCCCAUAAAUCUCCCCAAAAUGCUCCCAAAUCCCCCCGAAAUCUCCCCAAAUGCUCCCAAAUCCCCCAAAAUCUCCCAGUAACGGGGACUUGGAUUCUCUUGUCGAAUUGUCGGGGGUUAUUUUGUUCUCUUCGCUCUGUUUUGAGUAAAUUCCAUUUAUAAUUCAUUUCA